ACGUGAACAAAACGUCAUUAUGCGUGUUAGCCUCCUGACCGGAAGUCGCAGUCUGCAGUUCCGGCUUUUCCUGUCUAAAGAUGGCUGAAGUGGAUAACGAUGGUGAACACAAAACAUCUGAUAAAGACGAUUUGCACUUAUUAAAGGAACUUGUAGAUGGACUCUAUCACUUUAGGGAUCAUUAUUUUGAGACACACAGUGUGGAAGAUGCUAACAGAAAACUGAACGAUGUUAAAGAAGAGAUGAAUAAGACGCUAAAGAAGCUGGAGGAGAAGGAAGAUCUCUACAAAAAUAGUGCUCAGUUUUUGCUCCUGCGAGGCCGAUGUCUGAACGUAGCUCCACAGUUCAGUCAGGCAGCAGAAGAGAACCUAUCAAAGGCAGUAAAACUGGAACCAGGCCUGGUGGAGGCAUGGAAUACACUAGGCGAGCAGUACUGGAAGAAAGGUGACUUGAUUGCUGCAAAGACCUGUUUUACUGGAGCACUGCAGCAGAGCAAAAAUAAAGUAUCCUUGCGAAACCUUUCUAUGGUGCUGAGGCAGUUGCCUCCAGAAGGGGGCACUCAGGAGCAAGGCAAACGUAUUAUAGAGAGUGUGGAUCUGGCAAGGCAGGCUGUGCAGCUGGAUGUCUCAGAUGGAACGUCCUGGUACAUCUUAGGGAAUGCAUACAUCUCCUUGUUCUUCAGCAGUGGACAAAAUCCUCAGAUGUCUCAGCAAGCUCUUAGUGCCUAUUCGCAAGCUGAGAAAAUUGACAAAGCAUCUGCCUUAAAUGCCGAUCUGCACUUCAAUCGGGCCACGCUGUUCCAGUAUGAGGAAAUGUUCAGUUCAGCUUUGGCUGGAUACAGUCGAGCUGCAGCUCUUGAUCCCAGCUGGGAGGAAUCUACUGAAAGAGAGAAGCUUUUGUUGAAAUACUUAGACCAAAUAACCAGUCUUUUGGAGAAUAAGGGAAAAGUAAAAGCACGGCGCUUGCGUAACAUGCUCUCCUCCCUGAAUGUGUCUGCUUUGGGUCCGUGUUCCUCGCCUCAAUAUCGCUCCCCGACAGGCCGCACCGGAAGCCUUGAGCUCCGUAGUUUCGCUGCUCUUACACAUGGUCAUAAUACUGGUGUUGCAGCUAUGGGAAAGGUCAUCUUCAGCGUGGCUACGGAGGGCCGCAUGGCCUUUACAUUUGGUGUGGUGGACGGCGAAGAGACUUGUUAUGUGGUCAUGGUUUAUAACAUAGCUGACGGCUGGGGUGUGUUAAUCGGUGACACAGUGGUUAUUCCUGAACCACAAGUGAAGCGACACAGCAUAACACACAAUGAUAAGUCUUAUGAUUUCCGCAGUAUACGUGUGGACUCUCCUCUACUACUUAUUGUGAAUGGAAAGAGACAAGCGACGCAAAGUCAAACAGCGACUUCAGUCAGUUACAAACCACACUCUGAAUGAAUGAGUGUAAAGAGAACAGACAAUGGAGCAGACCAUUUUCAUUUUUGGUUGUACAUAGUGUGUAACAUUUUGUUUAGUUGAAUAUAUUUGUACAUAUUUAUUUUUUAUUUUCACUUAUCCUUGUUUGUGUUUUUGUAAAAAAAAAAAAAGAUUCAGAUGCCUGAUCCACAACUGAGAUAAUAAAACUUUCCCGUUGGUGCUCCUAAAA